ACUACCUAAAAGCAGGAAGUAGCUACAUUAGUGGAUCAUCCAUCCAAACCACAAGCAGCUGAAACAGAAAAACAAAGCCUACAAAAUUAUAUUUUGGGCAGAUGUGGAUUUUUUGAUGUACUGCUGAGGCCAGCAAUCGAAACUUGUAAUCUACAUAUCGCGUGGACGCGUUUGGGCAAACAAGAGCAUGGGGCAGCAUCUUGGAAAACAUGAGCCACUUUCUGUUCCCAAGGGAUCAUCAACAGUAUCUGAACACAUCCCAACAGACUCACCGGAGUCACAAGAUGAGGUAUUUGGACUGGGGGAGGCGGACCUCAACCAGAACAAUGGAUGCUCCAGCAAGAGUCCAAUGGUGACUGACUCCAUGAACGCUGCAGUAGAUCUCAGCAGCUGGAACCAUCCGAGCACAGCCGACCCUAAUGCCUCAGGGCCCCGCCCCCACUUGGUCCGCCUCUUUUCUCGAGAUGCCCCAGAUCGUGAGGACAACACCUUCAAAGACCGCCCCUCGGAGUCUGAUGAGCUGCAGACCAUCCAGGAGCACGGCGGAGCUGGCUCAGAUUGUGAAUCUGAGUGUGCAGAGUAGGACCUAAAGUAGAUUUCCUCUUUGCCCUCUCUUUCCUCACUCCUAUUUUGGAAACAAACAAAAAAACACACCGCUGCAGAGAUUAAAGCUAACACUCAGCAUGGCAUCUGCAAGCUCUUCGCAGUCAACAUUCAGGCUGGGCCGCAGUAAGAAGAACCCUACUGUUAUGGAUCAGAUCGGAAAGUUCUUUGGAGGGGAUAAAAAGAAGAAGGGAAAGGGAUCUUUUCGUGGUGGUUUGUCUGCAUCACCUCAAAGAUCGAGCGCAUCUCCUCGUCGCCGUCCAGAUGAGAAUGCUGUUGUGCACUUUUUCAGAACCAUUGUUUCUCCCUCUACCCCCAAAUCUAGGAGAGACCAGAAAUCACAGAGCUCCACCAAAGGCCAAAAGGGACGUGGAGACACCUUAACCCGGAUCUUCAAAUUGGGAGGAAGCCAGCCUGCUUCAACUACCAAGCGUUGAAACCUCAUUACCUUUUCCCAUUUAAAAAUAAAGAGGAAAAGGAUGGAAAACAAAUGCAAAAAAGUUAUUUUUUAAAAUGUUGUUUUCUAAUACAGUAACAUUGACUUGAAAAAGCUUUUGCAUUGAUACGUUACAACACAAUCUGUGUCUUCUGAAUUAUUCCUGUUCAGUCUUGUCAAACUUGUAUUGACAUAGUUGUGUAUAAUCUUUGAUCUUUUUGAAAAGGUUUUGUCUUGUCUCUGUAGUGUCAAUACUCACCUUUACACAGCUUAAGUGUAACCAGUACCUCUCUUAGCAUAUUGUGUACCUUAGACCUCAAAUGUGUUUUCUACACCUUUUACAUGUUGAUGAACAGUCUUCUCUGUAUAGUGUGAUGGGGUCUGCAAGGAGGUGGUCUUCAUGCCAAAAUGCAUAACUUAUGUUCUGACAUCCAUAAUGUAUAUUUUACUUCCAACCACAAACAGUUUUUUAAAUGUGUGUUUGGUUCCGGAGAUUUCUAACGAAUUUGGUAACCAUAGAUUACUGCACAUAGUUUGAAUAUGAUUCUGUGCCCUUUGCUCAUCAUAGUUUGAGACUUCAUUUUCUAUUCAUACAAAAACAACUGGAAAAAGGGUUCUUAUUUAAACUAAAUAAUAUUUGAUGUCUUCUGUGUUUGUUACACCUAAUUAAUGGCAACAAUUAA